GGUCGUUCUUCUGCCUGUAGAACUUCUCAGGGGCUUUUCCAUCCUCGUUUACCGACACCCUUCCCCUGCCACAUGCAGUGACCCCCAGAAGCAGCCCCAGCGGCGCGCACACGGGUAGCUCAGCACCGCGCCAGCACCCGCAUUGACCCCAAUCCUGCUCUGGACCAACGUGGUGGGUGUCGUCUAUCACAGUGGGGGCCGUGGUGGCAGGGGGUGGGCAUCAACACUUCUUGUGCGCGGGGUCAGCGCUUGACGCGGCUGUUUGUUGUGCGUACAUUUAUUUAUGUGUUUGUGUGUUUAUUUGCCCGUGGGGCUGGGACCACCGCCGUGACAGACAAGGCGCAGCCCGCCCCUGCGCUAGGGGGGAACGGCCGCCAUCUUCCCGCCCCGCCGGCCGGGGCUCCGUUCUCGCGAGGGCGCGGCCGCCGCGGCUCUCGCGCGAGCCUGGCUCUCGUAAAGUCUCGCGCGAGCGGCGGGCGGCCUUUCCGCGGGCGGGCCGGCACGAUGGCGGUGGGCAAGAACAAGCGGCUGACCAAGGGCGGCAAGAAGGGCGCCAAGAAGAAAGUGGUGGAUCCUUUCUCCAAAAAGGACUGGUACGAUGUCAAGGCACCAGCGAUGUUUAAUAUCAGAAACAUCGGGAAGACGCUUGUCACCAGGACUCAAGGAACUAAAAUUGCCUCUGAUGGACUGAAGGGUCGUGUAUUUGAAGUGAGUCUGGCUGAUCUGCAGAACGACGAGGUCGCCUUCCGUAAAUUUAAACUGAUAACUGAGGACGUGCAGGGCAAAAAUUGUCUGACCAACUUCCAUGGAAUGGACCUCACCCGGGAUAAAAUGUGUUCCAUGGUCAAAAAAUGGCAGACAAUGAUCGAAGCCCAUGUUGACGUCAAAACUACCGAUGGUUACCUGCUGCGCCUCUUCUGCGUGGGUUUUACGAAGAAGCGCAAUAACCAAAUCCGCAAGACCUCUUACGCCCAGCACCAGCAGGUCCGGCAGAUUCGCAAGAAGAUGAUGGAAAUCAUGACCCGAGAGGUCCAAACCAACGACCUGAAAGAAGUUGUCAACAAGCUGAUCCCAGACAGCAUUGGCAAAGACAUAGAGAAGGCGUGCCAGUCCAUCUACCCUCUUCACGAUGUCUAUGUCCGCAAAGUCAAGAUGCUGAAGAAGCCCAAGUUCGAAUUGGGCAAGCUGAUGGAACUGCAUGGUGAAGGCGGUGGUGCUGGAAAGCCUUCUGGGGAUGAGGCAGGUGCUAAAGUAGAACGAGCUGAUGGAUAUGAGCCGCCUGUGCAAGAGUCCGUCUAAAACUACAAAUUGACCAAAAAUAAAAGUUUUAUUAUACGGAAUAA